CCAAAAAAAAAACACAAUAUGAAAAUGGCGAAAAAGAGGCGCGGACAGAGAGAGUCAGAGAGGACAGUCGAAGGCAUCGACGCCAUAGGCGAAGACGUUCUACAGAACAUUCUCUCUCGACUCCCUGCGUUAUCAUUUGCAUCCGCGGCGUGCGUUAGCCGAUCCUGGAACAAAAUCUGCAAGCGUGUCCUCUCUCGCCCGAAGCUCACCUCUGCUCUCUCUCUCAAAUCCUCCGAACAGGAAGCUGUGCAUGAGGUGCUUGAGAAGGUUUUAUCCGAGCCAAUCCGACCGCACUUCGCUAUUGCUUAUAUCGGCCCCUCUUUUAACUCGCAGCUGACUCACUACCUCAUUAAUAAAAAAUUGGGCUCCAGAAUUCCAGUUAUUACUUCAAUGGGUCAUGGUAUAAUCGGAAGAGAUGCUUCUAGUAAUGAUUUCAAAGAGAUUCAGUGGCAGACAACUGUGGAUGAUGAAACUGGUGCAGGUGUAAAUUCCUCUGUGAAUAGACAUUGUGGAAUUGUAUUGACAGUUGGAUACGUACCUGGUUUAAAAGUUGCCGUGGUUCCUCUGCUACGGUCAGUUGAGGGACCUCCGGUAUUCCUGGUGGAUGAUUUUGUGACGAAUAUUAGGGAGUACACGACCUCAGUUUCGGGAUGCACAUCGCCUGCUGGGAUUAUAAUGUUUGGAGACCAGGAGACUGACAUGAAGCCUAUUCUUGAUAAGAUGGAUUAUGCAAUGUCCAAGGAGACUGUCAUUGUGGGUGAUGCAGGCUGUCAGAUUCUAUACGGAGGUCGUUGUGUAGACACCACUCAUGGACUAUACUACACAUGGGAUGCUGGUGCUCUUUUAUUUGUAAGGGAUAGAGACAAGCCUCAUGGUGUAGGAGAAACUUGUUUCCAUAUGGCAUUAUCAUCUGGUGUAUCAUCGAUAGGUCCCAUAUACAAGGCAGAUUCCGUGAGAGAGAGACGCGAUGAGUUUUCGACUUGGCUUACUGCUAAAAGAGAAGGAUCCAAUUUAAAACUCGAUGGCGGCACUCUUCUGGAUACCAUCUAUGAUGAAAUGGGAGAUCGUAGUCCAAAUGCUGCUUUAUAUAUAGGGGUAACAAAGAGAAGAAAAUGCUCCAUUGGAUUGGAAAAAGUAAGAUGGAUAACAUCCCAGGAAUUCCAUGAAGUUCAGGAGGGAGAUGAUGAAUACCUUUAUGUCAAUGGCACUGGUAUCAGAACUGGGGAUUCGUUUCACUUUUACUUUUCCGAUUCUGGGAGUGCUUUAUCUUCGUGUAACGCUGUCUCCAAUAACCUUAGACGUUUGAAGCAAGACUGUGACCAUGAGAAGGGUGUCACUGCGUAUGGCAAGAAGGAAGUCUUUGGGGGUCUUAUCUUUUCUUGCUGUGGUCGUGGUGAAUCAUUUUUUGGACAUCCUAAUGUGGAUAGCACUCCAUUCCUGGAAAACUUUCCUGAAGUUACAUUGUCUGGAACUUUUUCUGCUGGGGAAAUUGGUCGAGGUGAUUCACAUAAUGAAAGCUCUGUUCGUUGCUGUCUACAUGUCUUUAGCACUGUUUACCUAAUUAUGUCAUACACUCCGGCACUGCCGGAUCAGUAGAUUUUAAAAAAAAAAAUCCACUCUUAGAUUUAUUCAAUGAGUAACUCAAAUGUGUACUCUUUUGUAUUUUGAUCUCGCUUUGUCAUUCCUCUCCUUUCGCCUUUUUUG